CUACGCACACAUUUGGAAGCCUUUGUCAGGUGAGAGAGUCAGUAAGUACUGUGACUUACUGAUCGGGACUCCGCCAUUCAAACGUGCGCGAGCGCAACGAUACUCCUACUCACCACAUCUUCGCUCCCACGCCACCGAUUUCCAGUCUGUAAAAUUCCUCAGAGAUCUCUCUCUUGUUAAAUUUAAAAAGAUAGAGAGAUCAGGUGGAGAGGAGAGAAGAAACAGAAGGAUAUUUUCUAUUUAGUUUCUGUUCCACGUUCUCAUGGCCCUCCGAGCAUGUGCAUAGCCGUGUGACAGAGAUGGAGAACAUCGUUUUCUGUAACCAUUCUCUGACUAUUGCUCAUUUUUUUCGCCUUAAAAAUUUAAAAUCGUUCCUUCUUCGUCUUCUCGUCCUUUGUCUCAGAUUUUGAGCUUACAUGGUCUCGGCGGAUUGUUCUUCAAACAUCGGAGCAAAGAGAUACAUCAGCCGCAACAGCUAGCUAGCGCUUCAAUUCAGAUUGCGGAAAGGAAAUGGAUCCACCUGCUGAACAACCUCCCCUGUCAACCUUCUCCCGAGGCUACCGUCGUGACUCGCUCGAAGUUUUCAACCCAUCCAGCCAUGCUUCCAGGCCAACCCAUCCCGUCUUCCGCCCACAAUCGACGUGGCAAAAUUGGGAUGAUUCACGAGACAAUUCCAUUCCGGAGGAACCCGAUCCCCUCCUCUCCGGUAGACCUGCAGACGAGCCCAUCACGUCAUGGAUGGCCAUCAAGGAACCAACCCCAUCACCACUCAAAGACGCAGAGCGGCCCAGCUCCUUAAUCUUCGAGGAGAACCAACAAGACGGUGAUACCAACAGAAGGGUCGAAAAACCAACGGGCGAAGCAGAUACCGCCGCACAGAGAGCGGCGGAGUGGGGGCUAGUACUGAAAACCAACUCGGAGACGGGGAAGCCGCAAGGGGUCACAGUGAGGACAUCCGGAGGCGACGACGCGAAUAACAGGGGAAGUGGGACGUACCGGAGGGACUCAGGCACCUCGAUGCGAACCUCGGACGAGCUAUCCGACGACGGGGCGGGAAAAGAGAGAGGGCUCCCGAGAGUAUCCGAGGACCUGAAAGAUGCUCUGUCCACCUUUCAGCAAACGUUUGUCGUGUCCGACGCGACCAAGCCCGGUCAUCCCAUCAUGUAUGCAAGUGCUGGUUUCUUCAAGAUGACCGGUUACACCUCCAAAGAAGUCAUAGGCCGGAACUGCCGGUUUCUUCAAGGAGCGGAUACUGAUCCUGAAGAAAUAUCGAAGAUCAGAGAAGCAUUGAAGGAGGGGACGAAUUACUGUGGACGGUUACUGAAUUACAAGAAGGAUGGAACCCCCUUCUGGAACCUCCUCACCAUUGCUCCCAUCAAAGAUGAAACCGGGAAGAUUCUGAAAUUCAUCGGAAUGCAAGUGGAGGUUAGCAAGCACACAGAGGGGCUUAAGGAUAAGAUGCUCCGACCAAAUGGAUUGCCAGAAUCACUGAUUCGAUAUGAUGCAAGACAAAAGGAGAUGGCCGCCGGUUCAGUAUCUGAGCUUGUACUAGCAGUAAAGGAACCACUUGCGCUCUCAGAAUCAACAAAUCGCCCAUUAAUGAGGAAAUCAGAAGGUGGUGUAGAACGGCCAAAGCUACCAGCAGGGCCACAAAGGAGAUACUCUGAAAAUAUGGCUCCUCUUAGACGGAAUUCCAAUAGCAAACUGAGAAGCUCGAUGGAACGAAUUAGCGAGUUACCUGAAAAGCAACCGACAAAAACCGGCCGACGACGUUCUUUCAUGGGGUUCCUACGUAAGAGUCAAACAAAUGUGGAAGAAGAUCAGGAGACAGAAGUUGCAGUGGAGGACAGCGAAAGCGAUGAUGAUGAUCAGAGGCCAGACAGCCUUGAUGUUGAUGACAAAGCAAGAAAGAAGGAAAUGAGAAAGGGUAUUGAUCUAGCUACUACGCUGGAACGCAUUGAGAAGAACUUCGUCAUCACUGAUCCGAGAUUGCCUGAUAACCCCAUCAUAUUUGCAUCGGACAGCUUCUUGGAACUCACCGAAUAUAGCCGUGAAGAGAUCUUGGGAAAAAAUUGCAGGUUUCUCCAAGGUCCUGAGACUGAUCCGGCAACGGUCAGAAAAAUAAGAGAAGCGAUUGAUAACCAAACAGAUGUUACUGUGCAGCUCAUAAACUACACAAAAAGUGGCAAAAAAUUCUGGAAUCUGUUCCAUCUACAGCCCAUGCGUGAUCAGAAGGGAGAAGUACAGUAUUUUAUUGGUGUGCAACUUGAUGGCAGUGAGCAUGUUGAGCCACUUCAGAACUGUAUUCCAGAAAAUACUGCUGAAAAGGGUGCUAAGUUGGUGAAGGAAACAGCAGAAAAUGUUGAUGAAGCAGUGAGAGAACUUCCAGAUGCUAAUUUGAAACCUGAUGAUCUAUGGGUGAAUCAUUCUAAGAAAGUUUUCCCAAAGCCUCAUAGAAGGGACAGCUCAUCAUGGAGAGCUAUUCAAAAGAUUUUAGAGAGUGGAGAACAGAUAGGAUUAAAACAUUUCAGGCCAGUAAAACCCCUGGGAUCUGGUGACACUGGCAGUGUACAUUUAGUGGAAUUGUGUGGAACUGGAGAAUAUUUUGCAAUGAAGGCUAUGGACAAGGCUCUUAUGCUCAACCGCAACAAGGUGCAUAGAGCUUGUGCAGAAAGAGAAAUUCUUGACAUGUUGGACCACCCUUUUCUUCCUGCAUUGUAUGCCUCUUUUCAGACAAAAACUCAUAUUUGUCUGGUAACUGAUUACUUCCCUGGUGGAGAGCUAUUUUUGCUUUUGGACAGGCAACCAAUGAAGGUGCUCAAGGAAGACGCAAUGAGAUUCUAUGCUGCAGAAGUGGUAGUUGCGCUGGAGUACCUUCACUGUCAAGGUAUAAUUUACAGGGAUUUGAAACCCGAAAAUAUCCUACUCCAGAGCAAUGGGCAUGUAACUUUGACAGAUUUUGAUCUGUCAUGUUUGACAUCUUGCAAACCUCAGCUUUUGAUUCCAGAUACCCAGGAUAAGAAAAAGAAACAGAAAGGACAUCAACUGCUUCCAAUCUUUAUGGCUGAACCAAUGCGAGCAUCAAAUUCAUUUGUUGGAACUGAGGAAUACAUAGCGCCAGAAAUUAUCACUGGGGAUGGUCAUACAAGUGCAGUUGAUUGGUGGGCUCUUGGAAUUCUUCUCUAUGAGAUGCUUUAUGGAUAUACACCGUUUAGAGGAAAGACAAGGCAAAGAACGUUUGCAAACAUUCUUCACAAGAAUCUUAAGUUUCCAAGAAAUAUUUCAGUAAGUCUCAAUGCAAAGCAACUAAUGUACCAACUGCUGCAGAGAGUUCCCAAACAUCGAUUGGGUUCACAUGAAGGAGCGAAUGAGAUUAAGCAACAUCCAUUCUUUCGCAGUGUAAAUUGGGCGCUGGUUCGCUGCAUGAACCCUCCAAAACUUGACGCUCCCCUCUUUGAGGCAACUGAUGCUGAAAAUGAAGUUAAAGUUAUGGAUCCUGAACUCCUGGAUCUACAGACUAAUGUCUUCUAGGAGAUUCAAGCAUCUAAACUGCAGCUCCUGCUUCAGAAGUCACAAUGAGAGUUUGGAAAUAAUGCUUCAAUAUGCCCAAUCUUUUCUCUUACAAAGUUGAGUUGAAGAGCAACUAAAGGGAGAAAUCUGGCACCUUGAUUGUUUUCCUACUUUAUUGUAUACGUGCAUAGUGGCUUUUUUUUGCAGUAUGUUGAUGGAACUGGGAAGUUAAAUAAAGAAUCUAUUCAAAUGGCCAAAA